AUGGCCUACAAGAACAACAUUGGCGACAUCGUACAUCUAAACGUUGGUGGCACAAGAUUUUCGACUUCAAGACAAACACUAACAUGGGUGCCAGAUACCUUCUUUACCUCCCUUCUAAAUGGGCGCAUAUCAAGUUUACGAGAUGAAACGGAUGCUAUUUUCAUUGACCGUGAUCCGAAGCUCUUUAGUUUAGUAUUGAACUACCUGCGGACAAAGGAGAUAGAUAUCAAAUCGGUCGAUAUCCGUGUGCUCCGUCAUGAGGCUGAGUUCUAUAAUAUUGCUCCAUUAAUCAAAAGGCUUAUGCUAUGUGAAGAGAUGGAUCAGUCCAGCUGUGGGGAUGUUCUCUUUUACGGUUAUCUUCCCGCUCCAAAUAUUCCCAUUCAAGAAAUGCCCAUCGGAUUAUCAGGAUCAUCGGGCAGUUCGAUUAGUACUGGUACUGGGACCAUAAGCUCAUUCACAUCCGCUAGCUCGUCAACACAGCAGAAAUCGGACUCUGUUCCAGGUCCAUCCAAUAUUCAACCAAGGCAGCAACAGCCGUUAUAUUCGACUAAUUCGAACCCAAUAGCAACGCAACAUAAUUCCACGGUGGCUGCUAUUGCUCCUGUCGGAAUAUGUCAAACGAAUCCUCGCCCCGGAUCAAUGGUACGAGUUCCGGAGCUUUCUCAGGGCGCACCAGGUUCAUCUAGUGGGGGUAGUAGUGUUGGUAACGGCAAUGGCAAUGGCGGCAGUGUAGGUAUCAACGGGGCUGGCACAGCGGGUGGAGCAGGUAGCGGUGCAAGCAGUACAUCACGGCAUGCGGGUCAUUCCCGUAACUCAUCAUGGGAUUUGCGCGUUUCGUAUAGUGGCAAUGGCAAUCGUGGCAAUUCUCAGUGGAUGCCAGGCCAUUCGCGAACGGCAUCUCUCGACAUGAUGCGUCACUCCCGAAACUCAUCCGUUGAUCUGAACAAAUACAUACGUAACGAGGUGGGUUUGCUGUUUGGACCCGGAACAACCGGUAACGGUUGGGCCGAUCCAAUGAGGGUGCAAAUCAUCAAGGCGCACCAUAACUGGAUAUCCGUGGCAUAUGCACAUUUUGUCACGUGCUAUCGACUGAAAGAUUACUCCGGUUGGCAGCAGAUUUUCAUUUCGCCUUACAUCGAGACCACGAUCGAGCGAAUCGCAAUCAAUGCCAAGAUGAAUUUGGCCACGUCCGCGGGCGAACAGUCGCACAGCAAGAUGGUAGCAAUCUCGUACGGCAGUCAGAUUCGACUGUGGGGAAUCUCGGAGGACGGUAGCAAAGCCGAGAUCGGAACAUUUAAUUUGCACGUACGCGUCGAGUAUCUUUUCUUCAUCGGUAGCCAGCUGGUGGCCCUUUCGUCAUCAGGAAAGAUUGGCGUAUGGCACUCAAUGACUCAACACUGGCAGAUACAGGAUCUCGUACCAAUACUUUCCUUCGAUACCGCCGGUUCAUUCCUGCUGUUGGGGUGUAACAACGGGUCCAUCUACUACAUUGAUAUGCAAAAAUUUCCACUGCGCAUGAAGGACAAUGAUUUGCUUGUGACGGAACUGUACAAGGACCCAUCCAACGAUCACAUUACCGCUAUAUCAGUGUACUUAACACCAAAAACGACAACCGCGGAUCGCGUGAAGGAAGGCCUGUCGGGAAACUGGAUUGAAAUUGCGUACGGUACACGAUCCGGGUCGGUGCGUGUUAUUGUGCAGCAUCCGGAAACGGUCGGUCAUGGGCCACAACUGUUUCAAACAUUCACUGUGCACCAGAGCCCGGUAACGAAGGUGACACUGUCGGAAAAGUUUUUAAUUUCCGUAUGCAGCGAGUACAACCACGUGCGAACCUGGCAGGUACCACGGUUUCGAGGCAUGAUUUCUACCCAACCUGGUUCCACACCCGAAGCAUCUUUUAAGAUCGUUUCCCUGGAAGCGGUUGAUUCGACGUUUAGCUAUUCGGCUGGCAACGAUUUCGGCCCAUUCGGCGAACAAGACGAUGAGCAGAUAUUUGUCCAAAAGGUCGUACCCGAUACGGACCAGCUCUACGUCCGACUUGCCUCAAAUGGCGAACGCAUCUGUUUGAUACGAUCUGUCGACGGUACCACGAUCACGUCGUUCUGCGUGCAUGAAUGUGAAGGAUCACGGAUGGGAUCGAGACCGCGUCGAUUCAUCUUGUCCGGGCACUGCAACGGUGCAAUACAGAUGUGGGAUCUCACGACCGCACUAGAACUAUCGAAAAAAAAGGAUCAACCGAAGCGAUGUAUCGGAGGACCAACGGCCGACGAGCUGAUCCGGGAGCUAGAUCAGUGUGAUUUAAGCAACAGCCAUUGCUCGACUCCUUGCAUGUCGCCGUGCCCUUCAGCAUUCUCGAACACCAUUGAACCUAAUGCCGUGGGACGAUUGAAACCUUUUAAUGUGGCGUUUUUGAAUCAAUCAGCUGCAGCUACGGUCGGGCUUGGUGGUCUACAACCAACGCCGUUGCAGGGUCCGUCAGCGCAGGGGGUGGCUGCUGCGGCCGCUCCUAUGCAGCCGAUUAUACCCGCACCACAACCUAAUCAACCAAACUGA